GCAAUUAUUUGCUUAAUCUACGCUAUUGUUAAAUCCCAAUAUCACCGAUCUUACAGUGAUUGUUCCCCUCAUUUCGAGUUCUAAACUACCUCCGAAACUUCAACGACAAUAGGUCGAACACCGUACCUCAGUUGAACUGCCCUAAAACCGCCAUCCUCUGAAGCUCACAUACUUUCACGACUUAAUCGCACACAGCUAGCUCAAUGGCUUCCCACAGAUCUCGUCGCAUUACGAAGGAGCUCGCUGAUAUCUACGCGGAUAGCCAGUCACAAAUCGGAGCGGAACCUGUGAGUGGUGAUGAAGACAUCACCCAUCUUCGUGGUUCAUUUCCUGGUCCGCCGGGUACCCCAUAUGAAGGAGGCACAUAUUAUAUCGAUAUCAGGAUCCCUCUUGAAUAUCCGUUUAAGCCGCCUGUUAUGAAGUUUGAGACGAAGAUCUGGCACCCCAAUGUUAGCAGUCAAACAGGCGCGAUUUGCCUCGAUACCUUAGCCAGCGCGUGGUCGCCAGUCUUGACUGUUAAAUCCUCUCUCUUGUCGCUACAGUCCUUACUUAAUACACCCGAGCCCAAGGAUCCUCAGGACGCAGAAGUCGCCAACAUGCUUCUUCACCGUCCGAAGGAGUUCGAGCGUGUUGCUCAACAAUGGGCAGUGAAUUAUGCAGGAGCUCCGCAAAAGAAUGCGGGAGAGGGUAGCCGUGACGCAGACGAAUCUCUUCGACAGGAGCAGGGCCAACAAAAGGACGAUCUGGCAAAGUACGAUGGGUACAACAAAGACCUAGUCGACCGGUUCUGCAGUAUGGGAUUCGACGUCGAACGAGUCGUUGGCGCUUUCAAAUAUGUUGGAAUUGACCGGUUGGAUGGGGAGGACUAUGAGCUGGACGAAGAAGAAAUGGGGGAUAUUACUGCAAGGCUUUUGGGAGAACCAUAAUUGAUGCGUGACGAUCUCGAGAUUAUUUUGCUUUAUAUUCAUACUGGGAUGCAUGGUGCAUGGCGGCUCUUUAUACUAUUGUCUGGCGGUUUUCUAUCUAUGACUCUAUUUAGGAC